CGCGCUCUCCUGGGCCCCACCCCCAUUCUCCCGUAGUCCCCGCCCCCAGGGCCGGCUAAACCUAGCCUUCGUCCCUUAGGGCCACGCCCCCGUCGCGAGGAAAAGCCCCGCCCUCUCUGGCCGGUGCCUCGGGAGGGGGCGGGGCCUCCCAGUUGCCGGGAAAACGAAGGUUAGGAAGAGGCUGUGGCGCUGCUGCCCAGACGGGAGGAAGAAGCGUUCCCCCCCACUCACCCCCGGUACCUGAUUUCGCAAUGCCUUAUGUGGUCCCCAGUGGAGCCUCACCAAUGCCCAGAGAUGAUUCUCAUCAGUCACAAGUGGAGGGUAGCAGUGUUCCUUCUAAUUAUUCCAGUGAGACCGCUGAGUCCUUCACAGAGAAGGAAGGAGAGGAGGAGAUGGUGGUGGUAGAAGAUGAAAAAUGUCACCUGACUGAGCGGAAACCCUGUGGCUCUUUGGUGUCUCCUGAUGAAUAUCAGACUGAGUUCAGUGCCUCUGGGAGCCAUUCUGUGAGCAAGCGGCUGAUACCAAGCUCCAAGGAUGAAGAUGAGCCAUCGGACUCUGCUGCUCUACAGGAGAAACUGAGUCAAAGGUGGAUCCAGCAUCUCAAGGCCAAAGACAGUCCCAAAGGACAGCCCCUGGCAGGCCCCACAUCCCACACAGAUGUCACAGAAGCAUCUAAGAGUGAACGGGAUGCCAUGCAGGCUUUUUGUGCCAUUAAGAUAAACCUGAUUCGUCGUCAGCUGAACUCUCGGGUGGCGAAUGGCAGUGGCCAUCAGAGGCAGCAGCAAGGAUUGGUUACAGAAAAGCCAGUGACAGAUGAGAUGAACAACUGUGUUGUUCCUCAUCAGCUGAUAAACAGAAUCUCUCAGCAACACCUGAGGGCCGCACCCAGCCAGGUGUCAGCAGUUAAAAAGCACAACUAUUCCCAGUGCCCAGAGUGUACCAAGAAGAGAGGAGAACUCUCCCAGCUGACCUUUGUGCGCCAGAAAAAGACCUUCCUUGAGUCAGCACUGCUCAAAGAGAAAAUGGACAAGUAUCGUCAUACCAAAGACUUUCUCAGCUUCAUUGGGGAAAUCCACAAGAGCCUCCCCAGGCUUUCAGAUGACCCAGAGACCAUCUGGAAAAGAUUAAACGCUCGAGGUCAGGUCGAGUAGAGUAUGGUUCGGCUUGGCCCCAGAGUAGGAUGUCGGAUUGAAAUAGCGGGCCCUCUCAUCUCCACCCUCGGCCCUGAAGCCUAAAGCCCUUUGAUGCAGCCAGCUGUUAAGAAUAACAUGGCCAAUAAACAAAUGUUUCUGU